ACUCCUCGCUUCUAAUAUAUUGCGAGUGAGUGAGCCCCCAGUUUGUGUAUAUUGGAAUUGUUCCUUUUGUGUUGUUUCACUCUUGUCUAAAAGUCUGGAUUUUCAUAGAUAGAGAGCUGUUUUAAGAAUUUUUAUCAACGUUUCAGAUUACAUUCUGUGACUAUCAGAAUUUUUAUAAGAUGGUGUACACUGAGUCUUCUGAGUGCAUGCCUAAAACUGUUUCGGAUGUUGAUGUUUCACUUCCUAUUCCUAAUGAAAUGGAUGAUUACCAAUGGUUGACAGCAGAUGUGGAGAGAAUUCUAUGCAUGGAAGGAGGAGAAGGAGAUGUCAGCUAUGCUCGCAACUCAGAGGCUCCUGCUUCAGCCAUAGCUCUCUCUAAGCCCUUUCUCAGGCGGGCUAUUCAGUUCAUGCCCCUUUUCCCCUCUGAAUCUUCCUUGCGCAUUGCUGACCUUGGCUGUGCCACUGGGACCAACACAAUUUCCACUACUGACUUCGUGGUGGAGAAGUUGAAGAGAAAAUAUCAAACGAAUUCCCUCUCCUUUCCUGAAUUUGAAGCUUUUUUCUCUGAUCUUCCUUCUAAUGAUUUCAAUACUCUCUUCCGCUCUUUACCACCUCUUAAAGAAAGCGUUCGGAGGAAGAAUAGGGCCACCCUCAAGGGAAAGAAACGUUGCUAUUAUGCGGCUGGUGUUCCGGGCUCAUUCUACGACCGUCUCUUUCCCAGAGGAAAACUCCACAUAGUGACUAGUUUGAGUGCUUUACAUUGGAUGUCUCAGAUUCCUGAGUCUGUGGUCGACAAGAAUAGUCCGGCUUAUAACCGAGGCAGAGCGUGGAUUGACGGUGCGCCGAAAGAGGUGGUCGAAGCCUAUGCCAGGCAGUCAGAAGAAGACUUGAAGUCAUUCCUUCGUUGCAGAGCAGAGGAGAUGGCAUCUGGAGCUUUGCUGUUUCUUCUCUUGGCGGGCAGACCAGACAGCAAGCAGCCACAGAACCAACUGGGCGACCCAGUUACAAGAGCAAAACAUCCCUUCACAGAUUGCAUGGACAACGCCUGGAACGACCUUCUAAACGAGGGUUUGAUCGACGAGGAAACAAGAGACUCAUUCAAUAUCCCUGCUUACAUGCGAAGUAGGGAGGAAAUUCGACAAGCUUUUGAUGAAUGCAAAGCCUUCGAAGUCAAGUGUAUUGAAUUCCGAAGACUCAUGGAGCACUCCAAGAUAAAACAAGAGCAAUGCCUGAGAGACCCAUUUUCAUACGCCAAGACCAAAGCAAAUCUAGUACGGGCUACAAUGAGACCCAUCAUACUUGCUCAUCUCCGCUCAUCUUCUCUCACUGAUGCCUUGUUCAAUAGGUUUGAGAAGAGAGCAGCUCAAGAUGAAACUCUGCUCGACAAAAUCUGCUAUUACGGCAUCAUCAUUGUAUAUGCUAUUAGGAAAUAGUAAUGUAUUAAUUAUUUCAUGCAAUGGCCAAUUAAUAGAUAGACACUCGUCAUUAAUAAGAGAUUUCCUGUAUUAAGAGCCCCACAUUAAAAGAGCUUGGACUACUAAGUCCAUUUGUCCGUCAUUUUUUCCUGUUUUCGACGUUCAAGUGUUGAUUCAAUAGGUUUGAGAAGAGAGCGGCUCAAGAUGAAACUCUGUUCAACAAAAUCUGCUAUUACGGCAUCAUCAUUGUAUAUGCUAUUAGGAAAUAGUAAUGUAUUAAUUAUUUCAUGCAAUGGCCAAUUAAUGGAUAGCACUCCUCGUCAUUAAUAAGUGAUUUCUUGUAUUAAGAGCCCCACAUUAAAAGAGCUUGGACUACUAAGUCCAUUUGUCUGUCA